AUGGCGACGACGCAGCUGAGUCUGGCGCCGAAGACCAUCAAGUACUUGAUGUUCGCUUUCAACCUGUUCUUCGUGGUUACAGGAAUAGUAUUGCUAUCGAUCGGCGUGGUCAUCCAUGGAGUGUACCAUCAGUAUCAACAUUUCCUUGACAACAGCUUCUUCUCUGUGCCUUCUCUUCUCGUAGCCGUGGGCUCCAUCAUCUUUAUCAUCGCUUUCUUCGGAUGCUGCGGAGCCGCUCGCGAAAGCUAUUGCAUGACUAUAACGUUCUGUACGCUACUGGCUACGAUUUUCAUUCUGGAGAUCAUAGGCGGUACGUUGGGAUAUGUGAUGAGGGCGCAGGUUGCGACCGUUGCCAGGGAAAAGAUGCUCGACACAAUGCCGAAGUACAACGAAAGCAAAGAGAUCCAACGCGUCUGGGACACAUUACAACAAAAUUUCCAUUGCUGCGGCACGGUCAAUGCCACCGACUGGACUUCCCCGCAAAUGGGGAAUCUGACGGGUAUUCCGAUGUCGUGCUGCGACAACACGAUAGGUGCUGUCGGCACGUCGAACUGCACUUCGACGUCGCCGACCUUCCAUCCCGUCGGCUGCAUCACCGCGUUCGCGAAUUUCGCAGAGAAACACGCGGCAAAGAUAGCAGGUGUCGGAAUAGGCCUUGCUGUAAUUCAGCUGGUAGGAAUCUUCUUGUCGUCCUAUUUGGCCAAAUCAAUCAGGAAUUGUUAUCAGACCAUGUAGAGUGCCAUGCGAACAUCAGAUCGGAAGCAGCAUUAUAUUCCUAAAUGACAGCCAAGCAGGAUUUCCAUUAGGACACGGGACUACGUGAAUCUGAUAAAUUGAUCUGAUAAUUGAUCUGAUAUAUUAAACACGUUGUUUGUUUUUGUAGAAGCGCGGUAAAUUAUUUUUGCUACAUACGAUGUCUCGCAUCUCGCGCUAUGAAUAUAAAUCGUGUAUGUUUUUAAUAAAAUCUUUACAUUGCCAAGAG